GAACGAUGCCUAUGCAAAUUUGGCGGAGCCUCUUCCCACAGAAAAGAAAACAGUUUUCAACGAGUUUUCGUGUAUUUCUCGGUGAUUAGAAAAUGAACGAGCACAAAGUUUAAACAUCGCAUCGCGCAGGUUCACGGCGCUUUGUCGACGCAAAAUACGUUGUAAAUCACCGUGGAUUAUAUUGAUGGGUCGAUUUUCGCCCUAUCCUCGCCAGAACAUCUGCCACGGAACAGUGACGGCUGAUUUGCUAUUGUUUGUGCAACUCGGCGAAAAAAAACUUUAGCGAUAGCGCUCGGUUAUAGAAAAGACGUUCACAAGUGAUCUCUUCUCAGUGUAGCGUCAGCCGGGGAAAACAAGACCUCUUCUGUUUGGCCACGGGAAAGUCUGAAACUGUGUGAAGAGCUUAUCACACAGGAGCUGAGCGCCCGUGAAGUCUUUUUGUUAUUGGAUUAAAGGUGGACAACUGGAUCACAAGACCUCCAGCUAGCUGAGGAAACCAUCUUUGAUGAAUGAUCAAGUUGGAAGGAAAAGAAUCGAGAACUAUACAACAGUGAAUCGGCAGUGGAGCAGCCCUUGAAAAAUUUCUUUCCUUUCACGCUUCUAGCUACUGAAAGGCAACUAAAUAACUGCAAUCAAAGACAAGGUAUAAUUGAAAUUGUGUUUAAUCGGACUGACGGGAAUUAACUUUAUAAUUUCCGUAACGUGCCGAAUUUUCAAAACAGAACCAGGCAUGAAUUUAACAGAAGAGUUUAAUCGCACAAAUAACCAAGGACAGGACGAAAGGGAUUUUCUGGCGCUGAGGAUUAUUCAAGCGGUGGGAAUGUGCCUGUUUAUUCUCACUGGUAUUCCAGGGAAUUUUUUAGUGUGUUACCUGGUUCGCAGAACGCGGCGCCUUCGAACAGUGACAAAUUCAAUCAUAAGCAACUUAGCUGUUGCAGACCUCGGGGUGUGCCUCUUUAACAUCCCUGUUUCCUUGGUAACAGUCAUUUACAACCGCUGCGUGCUGACCGAUUUCGUAUGUCGGAUCGCAGGCUUCACGAAUGCCUUGUUCCUUUUCGAAGCUCUGUGGUCGCUUGCGCUGGUCAGUAUUAGCAGAUACUGGUGUAUCGUACAACCAGCCAAGUUUUCCUCCAUUUUCACCCGUCGCAGGACCAUGGCUUUGAUCACUGCGACCUGGAUCUUGUCGCUGCUGUGCUCUCUCCCGCCGUUGUUCGGCUGGUCGCAUUACGUCUUCACAAUUGGCAAAGCAACUUGCUAUUUCAAUCUAAGCGAGCACCUUCCUUACACAAUCAUCUUAGCCAUUGUUGUAUUCAUUUUGCCAUACAUUCUGAUCACCGUUCCAUAUUACAGAAUUUUCCGCUUCAUUCGCGGACACAGUCGAAAACUGAGCGUAAACAGUGUCUCGGCGAGUUUCAGAAAAGGAACGCGUUCCACUUUCCAAGAUUUCAAAGUGACAAAACUUUUGCUCGUUGUUGUUUGUGUGUUUGUAGCCUGCUGGACUCCACAUAUCAUUGUUAAUUUGUUGAAUGGUUUUGGCAUCAUUCAGCCAAUUCCGCGCAUUUUAGACGCAAUAAGUACAUUUUUAACUUUUCUCUCCAGCUCCUGUAACCCGUUCAUCUACGGGCUUAUGAACAAAAAAUUCCGCAAGGGCUUCCGCACGGUUCUUUGUGCGCCUUGUCAGAAAUGCGCUAAGACAGAAGAACCGAAGCUUGAACGGAAAAUCAGUGGAGAAACCACCAGGAACUUGAGCUCAAGAUCAAGAAGUAGUCAUAAGAGAGAGUGGAAGAUUGUAACUGAGACACGCAGUACAAUUUACGAGACUUGUGUUUAGAAAAUGCAAGUUAAUAUAGAGAGUAAGGAAUUUGAAAAAGUAUGUAGUCUGCAUGGUACUAAAACAAUGUAAGUUGAAUAUCAGUUCACGUCAGGUUCACGUUGAAAAUUUCUGACUUCGUAAGUUAUAGGUUUAAAGUAAUCUUUUCAAACAAUAUUCUCCAUUCAACUGUCAAGCGCAAUUUUCUUAAAUAUUGUUGAUCUUAAAACCUUUACCGUUUUAAAGUCAUUGACGGAAUCGAAUUAAACUGAUUUACCUAUU